AUGGGCUACUUGGGACGAAUGACCCAGUGGAAGAGCAAGCUCUCCCUCCCAUCCAAUGCAUCCCCUCUCGAUCCCUCCAACAACAAAGACGCCCUCAAACUUGGCCUCUUCUCGUACCCGGUCCUACAAGCCGCCGACAUCCUCCUCUACAACACGACCCACGUCCCAGUUGGUGAAGACCAAGCGCAGCAUCUCGAGUUCACGCGCGAGCUGGCCAGUGGCUUUAACCACGUCUACUCGGAGUCACAGCCCCUGUUGACUGUUCCACAAACACUUCUGAGUCCCGCAAAACGAGUCAUGAGUCUGACUGAACCCACAAAAAAGAUGAGCAAGAGCGACCCGAAACCGAAGAGUCGCAUCUUGAUAACAGACUCAAGAGAGGAAAUACAUGCCAAGUUGAAGACGGCACUGACAGACUCCAUAGAAGGAGUGAGUUAUGACCGCGAAACCAGACCGGGUGUGUCAAACCUUGUGGACCUGAUGUAUCAUUUUGAUGAGUCGCUUGCUGCGUCACCAGAAGAUCUGGCGAUUGACUUGACAAGUCUCAGCAUGCGGGCUCUAAAAGAGAGGGUCGCCGAUACCGUGGAUUCGGGCAUCAGCGAUAUAAGAGAAUGUUACCAGGAGUUGAUGAGUGGAGAUCAGAAGGAGCUUAUAGGGCAUGCAGAUGAAGGCGCGCAAAGAGCAGAGAAAAUCGCCGAGAGCACGAUGGAGAGAGUCAGGAAUGCCAUGGGCAUUGGAUGGUGA